GUCACAUUACAAAGUUUUUUUCCUUUAAAAAAAAAAUUCAAAAGUCAAACGUGAAGACAAGAAUUAGGUUUGUGAUUAGAAUGAGCCCUGUAUUUUUCUGGUGAAAUCGAAGAAUCAACAGAAAAAGAAAUAAAAAACAGUUCAUUGAACCUGAUUUUUUUAUCAUCACUGGGGAUAGCAUUACAUUACGCCUGUAUUUUUAUCAUCAACAUUCUUAAGCAGUGAUUCACCAAGGACCCCUCUGAAUUUCAGGUUCGGCGAUAUCGUGUUGCGUUAGGGUUUUCAAUCCUCAAAACUUGCUUGAUUGAACAGUAAGCAUCAAUGAAGGGGGAAGUACAGCUUCAGCCUCCACCGGUCAUGCAAAACCCUAGUGAUUCGGACCCUUUGCUCCUUAAUCAGGAGGAGGAGGAGUCUCCGGGAAGCUCCGGUGAGAUCAAAGAUGACGAAGAAGACGUUGAGGCAGGCUUACUCCCCUGUUGUCGAAUUUGCCUCGAAAGCGAUUCUGAUCCAGAGGAUGAAUUAAUAUCUCCAUGCAUGUGCAAAGGUACUCAACAGUUUGUUCAUCGCUCGUGUCUUGAUCAUUGGCGCUCUGUAAAGGAAGGAUUUGCCUUCUCACACUGCACCACCUGCAAAGCCCAAUUUCAUCUUAGAGUUGAAUUGUUUGAGGACAACUCUUGGCGUAAAAUAAAGUUCAGACUUUUUGUAGCAAGGGAUGUUUUCCUUGUUUUUCUGGCUGUACAGACUGUGAUUGCAGCUAUUGGUGGCUUUGCGUACAUCAUGGACAAAGAUGGUUCCUUCAGGAACUCAUUUGAUGAUGGCUGGGAUAGGAUACUGUCAAAGCAUCCUAUUCCAUUUUAUUAUUGUAUUGGAGUGCUGGCCUUUUUUGUACUGAUUGGGUUUUUUGGUCUCAUACUGCAUUGCUCCUCCCUCAACACCAAUGACCCCAGAAUGGCUGGUUGUCAGAACUGUUGUUAUGGAUGGGGCAUCCUGGAUUGCUUUCCCGCUUCAAUGGAGGCAUGCUUUGCCCUUGUGGUUGUUUUCGUUGUCAUCUUUGCAAUUCUUGGUAUAGCGUAUGGUUUUCUUGCUGCCACCAUGGCCAUUCAAAGAAUUUGGCAGAGGCACUACCAUAUCCUCACCAAGAGGGAACUUACAAAGGAAUACAUAGUAGAGGAUCUUCGUGGCUGUUAUUUCCCACCAAAGUUGGACCCAGAACAUGAAGGCCGCUUGAAAAUGCUCAAGCUUUUGUGAUUAUAAAGUACUUAUCUGUAAAAAUGUUUUUGAAUGAUUACAGUAUCAAGUUGUUGCUUUCCCUGACAUUUACAGUCUCAUCGUUCUCAUAUCUUUCAAAAAAAGAAUCUAGAUCUUGCCAGAUUCUGUAUACUUCAAAUCUGACUUGAAAAAUGAUAAAAGUAUAUGCAGAUAUUUGUCCGUGCCUAGGAUGAAGCUAAGUAAUGAUUAGUGGACCUCUCCAAAUACCUUAUUCAUUCAUAUCGC